AUGACAGAAGGUGUGGACUUUCAUCAGACCCAGACCCAGAGGACAGGAGAAAGUGAUGGGCUCAGAACCAUCCAGAGACAAUCGAGCCGCGACACAAGCCACCAGGCUGAGACGCGGGUCAGGGACUCUGUUGUCCGGUCGGCUGAAACCCCGCCAGAGCAGGAGGAGAGUGCCAACUGUGAUUCAGAGCAACAGGAGGAUCAGGAUGGAGAAAACUCCCUUCCCGAGGGCUCCGGCUAUCCUGCUGGGGGAAAGGAGGAUGUGCACAGCCAGAAUGCAGCACCUGAUGGUGGUUGGGGAUGGGUGGUGUUGGUGGCCACCAUUCUGGUCCUUGCGCUCACCCUCCCUUUUCCCUCUUGUAUUGGUAUCUUUUAUACAGACCUGCAGACGGAGUUCAGUGCCAGCAAUACAGAGACAUCUUGGGUUCCAGCCAUAAUGACGGCGGUGUUACAUGCCGGUGGCCCACUGUGCAGUGUCCUCGUGGAGCGCUUUGGUUGCCGAGCAACAGUAAUUUUAGGUGGGAUCCUGAGUGGCCUAGGGAUGGUGGCCAGUUCUGUUGCUCAAACCCUAGUGCACCUGUACAUAUUUGCCGGAGUCAUCACAGGCCUGGGAUUCUGUUUGGCUUUUCAGCCAUCAGUCACGAUGAUGGGAUACUACUUUGUGCGCCGACGAGCAUUUGCCAAUGCCCUGUCGUCCACAGGAACUGCCUUGGGCUUGAGCACUCUUCCCUUGCUUGCCAACUUUCUGCUCAGUCGUUUCGGCUGGCGAGGAAGCUUUCUGAUCUUGGGUGGAGCUCUCCUGAAUUGUUGUGUUUGUGGAGCAGUGAUGAGACCCUUGGGAUCCAGCUCAAAGGGACGGACGGGAGCAAAACAAUCCGAGAUUCCGCUGGACAAAACGAACAGUCUCUCGAUUCGACGGGAGAGGGAGGGGCUGAAGGGCCGUCUGCGGACCACCCUCUCCGGUCUGAUGGCAUUCCUACGCAGACAUUUGGCCUUUGACCUCAUCCGCACUCACGUGCGUUUCUGUGUCUUCGCCUUGGGAGUGACCUGGAUGAUGCUUGGUUUUGUGGUUCCUCUAAUAUACCUGGUACCAUAUGCCACUGCUCAUGGCAUGACCCAAGACCGGGCCGCCCUGCUCAUGUCCAUCCUAGGACUGGUCAACAUCUCGGUGCGGCCAGUGGCAGCUCUGGUUUUUGGCUUGCCGCGAUUCCAGGGAAGCCGGCGUUUCAUUUACGUGUUUGCCGCGGCCUUGUUGGUCAACGGUUUGAGUAACUGCAUCUGCGGCGUGGCGGCCAGUUUCUCAAUCCUGCUGGUUUACGUGGUAAUAUUUGGCCUCUCCAUGAGCAUGAUUGGUUCCCUCCUGUUCACUGUGCUUAUGGACACUGUGGAAAUGAGCCGCUUCCCUGCUGCUCUGGGUCUUCUCAGUGUUAUGGAGAGCAUCAUGUUGCUUCUGGGCCCACCACUAGCAGGGACGCUGGUGGACACCACAGGCCAGUAUAAGUACGUUUUUUACGCCUGCAGUGCCUCUGUAUCGUCGGCGGGCGUUUUCCUUAUGUGCUCCUUCUAUUGGCUGGACAGCCGGAGAGAAUGUGAGAACAAAAUCGCAUCCUCGCCCGGUGAGGUCCGUUCUUUGAAGCCCGUUAUCAAGCUCGCCGUAGACUGCGAAUACACCCAAGUGCCUUUAGAAGCCAGAGAAGCACUGGACAGUGAAGCUGGUGCUGUAAGCGAUGUUUAA